AAAAUGUGGGGAUUCUUGUUAAACUUUCGCUGGAUUCUCUCUAAUGGCUUUGCGUAAUUAAACCUUUUCCUUCUAUAUUUCGAUUUGUGGUCUUAUAAUGGGUUGUCACAAAGCAAAGCCAAACGCGAAAAAUAAACAAUAACCCCAAGCAUAGACAUGUGUAGCUAUAAUAGCAUUAGUAGUGAUGGUGAUGGUCAUCAUGGCAGCAAUAGUGGUGGCAAUGGUGUUGAUAAUACAUGUUCAAAGAAGGUAAAGAAACAAAAAACCCCAAAGAGAGGGCCAGGAGUGGCAGAGCUAGAGAAGAUCUUGAGGGAUCAAGAGAAGAAUGAUACGAGUUUUGACGAAACCAAGAAUGUUGAAGGGUUCUCUGUAGUUUCACAACUUUCAAGUUCUUAUCGAAGACAAUCUCCUGUUCUAACUUCCCACAAAUCUCAUCCUAAAAAUCUCCCAUUUGCUCCUGAUCCUAAUCUUUUUAGUCCGCAGUCAACAACGUUUUUUGGUAAUUGCAGUAAGAACACAUCAUUACAAGUUUGCAGAGGCACUGGCAAUGGUGGAUCAGACAUUGUUUUGCAUGAACAUGGAUUUUUACCCACGAUGUGGAAUUCUUGCCAACCUAGAGCUGAUAUUGGAGGUCCUAGAUUGGCUUCAGGGAAUCCAUUUUCUAUGCGUUCAACAAAUGGACCUGACCAACUAUUUCCUUCCUCUUCUAUGGCACAAGGAAGCCAAUAUUCACCCACUCCAAUGAUAAAUUUUUUUCCAGAGUCUGUGGCAUCAUCUUCUUCAACAACUCCAUCAUCCGUAGUAAUGUAUCAAGGUAUAGAGCCCCCUUCAAACCAAACGUCACACCACCAUAACAAUUCUCAUCUAUGGCCAGAUGAAGACAAGAUGGUUGGCUCAAAGCGAUCUUUCCCGUUUUCCAUGGAGGCCCCUCCAAUUCCUCACCACUACCGAGUUCCUGCAUUUUCACUUCAAUUCAGCAGACAGGACCUGUCACUCACACGUGCUAGCCACGGCAUCACUAAUCCUGAGCAAAUCGAGGCGGUUUCCAGGGACGAGAAUAUAGGUCGCAAGCGCCAUACAGAUUAUGGAGUAGCUAAAGGUAAUCUCCUCUUAUUUGGCUCUCCGGCGAUUCCUUCUCCAUCAACUCAUGUUUCUCAACAAGAACAGUCCAAGUCCAAACAUCCUCUACCUUUCCGAGAAAGCACUGAGGACUCACAACACAGGCCUUCACAAGGUAGCGGAACAAUUUGUAAUAAACGUCCUUCGUUUAGCUUCCUACCUCCAGUGGAGCAAAAGAGCAAGGUGGAAACAAACUUUAGCUUAAACAAUGAUGAUAGAAUUGAAAAAAGAGGAGAUGGUAUUGAUCUUGACUUGAGGCUCUGAGCGGGAAUUAAUCCAUCAGAGAUUGCAGUUCUUGAAAGGGCGUUUCAGUUAUCGUUUGAGGAUUGUUUGGCAUUAUAUAAAACAUAAUUUCUUUUUAAAAGUUUGAUCUUCUUUAAUCUGGGAUACUAUAUAUGAAGAAUUGAGGGACAAAAUACAUCCAAUUUCCCUUCAUUUAUCCAUGCUACAAGAUUAUCUCACAUCCCUACGUACGCAUGAAGAGCGAAGCUAUGCUCUUGAAAUUUAGUAUGUAGAUCAAAUGAAGUAUAUCAAGAUUAUGCAUUGGGAUU